AUGCGUCUCGUUCAGAACAUGUGCACCAUUGCCGAGUACCCCGUGGCGGGCAGCGCUGCCGCCGACUGCUGCCCCGGGGCCGCGGGCCGCCGCCUCGUCAAGAUCGCCGUGCUGGGGGCCAGCGGCGUGGGCAAGACCGCACUGGUGGUCCGCUUCCUCACCAAACGCUUCAUCGGUGACUAUGAGAGAAACGCAGGUAACCUGUACAGCAGGCAGGUGCAGGUAGACGGGGAGACGCUGGCUAUCCAGGUGCAGGACACCCCAGGAGUUCAGGUCCACGAGGACAGCCUGAGCUGCAGUGAGCAGCUGAACGGGUGCAUCCGCUGGGCGGAUGCCGUGCUCAUCGUUUUCUCCGUCACCGACUACAAGAGCUACGAGCUCAUUGGCCAGCUCCACCAGCACGUGCGGCAGCUCCACCUGGGCGCCCGGCUGCCCAUGGCGCUGGUGGCCAAUAAGGCUGACCUGCUGCACAUCAAACAGGUGGACCCUCAGCUAGGCCUGCAGCUGGCCAGCGUGCUGGGCUGCCCGUUCUAUGAGGUGUCCGUCAGCGAGAACUACAAUGACGUCUACAACGCCUUCCAUGUCCUGUGCAAAGCAGUGGGCCCCAAGCAGCAGCCGGGCAGCAUGCCCGAGAAACGGAGGGCCUCCCUCAUCCCCAGGCCCAAGUCGCCCAACAUGCAGGACCUGAAGCGCAGGUUCAAGCAGGCGCUUUCUGCCAAAGUGAGAACAGUCACCUCCAUCUGA